AUGGAUAUCAAGUCUUUUCUUUUCCAGUUUUGUGCGAAGACUCGCACAGAACCAAAGCUGGAAGUGCGCCAAACGGGGCCGAAGAAUCGCCAGCGUUUUCUGUGCGAAGUGCGUGUCGAGCAGACUCCCUAUAUCGGCGUGGGAAAUUCAACCAAUAAGAAGGACGCCGAAAAGAACGCCUGUCGUGAUUUCGUCAAUUAUCUGGUGCGCACUGGCAAACUAAAUGCCACUGAUGUGCCAGGGGAUGGGGGUGCUCCGGCCCCGGGACGAACUCCGUCGCAUGGCGAUGGUGCUGGCGGAAGCGGGCAUCGCGUUUUCGCCAACGAAUCGGGGCCACAGGACCUGGGCGAAGCGUACCGACCCCUGAAUCACACUGGCGGCGGCGGUGGCGGCGCUCUCGAUCGCUUCAACAUCAUUGACCAUGUGCAGGAACAGAAAGACAUGAACGAGGCAGAGUCCAUCGACGUGAAUGCCGCCAUCCAUGGCAACUGGACCAUCGAGAACGCCAAAGAUCGCCUGAACAUGUACAAGCAGGCAAAUAAUAUUCGCGACGACUACAAGUACACACCAGUGGGUCCGGACCAUGCUAGGAGCUUUAUGGCCGAGCUGUCGAUUUUCGUGACGGCCCUGAAGCGCAAGGUGACGGCCAGGGAGACGGGCUCGAACAAGAAGUCGGCCAGCAAGUCGUGUGCCUUGUCCCUGGUGCGCCAGCUCUUCCAUCUGAAGGUCAUCGAGGCCUUCAGCGGAACGCUCAAGAAGAAGAAGGAGGAGGAGCUGAAGCCUUACCCAGUCCGGCUGGCGCCAGAGCUGGUGAACGACAUAGACAAUGUGAUCAAGAUGCUGGAUCUGCCCGUGGUUAAUCCACGCAAUAUCAAAGUGGAGCCAGAUGGUGCACCCAUUCCCCUGAUUGUCCAAAGCAACAUUCUGGACUCGCAGCAUGAGGGCGAGAAGCGUCAGGAAUGCGCUGUGAUUCCAUGGGCACCGCCCAUGCCCAACUGGAACACAUGGCAUGCCUGCAAUAUUGACGAGGGCGAGUUGGCCACCGCCUCCAUCGACGACCUCUCCCUUGACUUCGAGCGGAGCAUCCUGGAUCGGCGCCACAACGAUAGCGAGUACCAGCAGUUUCUCGACUUUCGCGACAAGCUGCCCAUCGCGGCCAUGCGCUCGGAGAUACUGAGCGCCAUCAACGACAACCCCGUGGUGAUCAUACGGGGCAACACCGGCUGCGGCAAGACCACCCAGAUAGCCCAAUACAUCCUCGACGACUACAUCUCUUCCGGGCAAGGCGGCUACGCCAACAUCUACGUAACCCAGCCGCGUCGCAUCUCGGCGAUUUCGGUGGCUGAGCGGGUCGCCCGCGAGCGCUGCGAGGAGCUCGGCGACGCUGUCGGCUAUUCGGUGCGCUUUGAGUCCGCUUUUCCCCGACCUUACGGCGCCAUCCUCUUCUGCACCGUGGGCGUGCUCCUGCGCAAGCUGGAGGCGGGCUUGCGCGGCGUCUCGCACAUCAUUGUGGAUGAGAUACACGAGCGAGACGUGAAUAGUGAUUUCCUGUUGGUCAUAUUGCGGGACAUGGUCGCCACCUAUCCCGAAUUGCAUGUCAUCCUUAUGUCGGCCACCAUUGACACCACGCUUUUCUCAAAGUACUUUGGGAAUUGUCCCGUGCUGGAGGUUCCGGGCAGAGCCUUCCCCGUGCAGCAGUUCUUCCUGGAAGACGUGCUCCAGAUGACGGGCUUUGUACCCUCAUUGGAGUCGCGUCGCAAGCGCAAGGAGGCUGACGACGAGGAGCGACUGCUGCUCAGCGAGAACAAGGAGGAUGGGGAGACGAACUGCAACAAAAUCUGCGAGGACAAGUACUCGCAGCAGACGCGCACCGCCAUGGGCAUGCUCUCCGAGUCGGACGUCAGCUUCGAGCUGAUCGAAUCGCUCCUGUUGCACAUCAAGUCCAAGAACAUACCCGGCGCCAUUCUCGUCUUCCUGCCCGGCUGGAACCUUAUAUUCGCCCUGAUGAAGUUCCUGCAGACCUCGAACCACUUUAAUUCCCCGAAGUACCGCAUCCUGCCAUGCCACUCGCAGAUCCCACGCGACGACCAGCGCAAGGUGUUCGAGCCGGUGCCCGAAGGCGUCACCAAGAUCAUUCUGUCCACCAACAUUGCGGAGACAUCGAUCACCAUCGACGACAUCGUGUUCGUGAUCGACAUCUGCAAGGCGCGCAUGAAGCUAUUCACCUCGCACAACAACCUCACCAGCUACGCCACGGUGUGGGCCAGCAAAACCAAUCUGGAGCAGCGCAAGGGACGGGCGGGAAGAGUGCGCCCCGGCUUCUGCUUUACUCUGUGCUCUCGGGCCCGUUUCGAAGUCCUCGAGGAGAACCUCACGCCGGAGAUGUUCCGCACGCCACUGCAUGAGAUGGCUCUGACGAUCAAGCUGCUGCGCCUUGGGGCCAUCCAUCACUUUCUGUCCAAGGCCCUGGAGCCGCCGCCAGUGGACGCCGUGAUUGAGGCGGAGGUGCUGCUGCGCGAGAUGCGUUGUCUGGAUGCCAACGAUGCGCUGACGCCACUGGGCCGCCUCCUGGCGCGCCUUCCGGUCGAACCGCGCCUCGGCAAGAUGAUGGUGUUGGGCGCUGUCUUUGGAUGCGCCGAUCUGGUCGCCAGCAUGGCCUCCUACUCGAGCACCUUCUCGGAGGUGUUUGCCCUGGACAUUGGGCAGCGUCGUCUGGCCAACCACCAGAAGGCCCUGAGCGGGCGCAAGUGCUCCGAUCAUGUGGCCAUGAUUGUGGCCUCCCAGAUGUGGCAGAAGGCGAAGCACAAGGGCGAGCAGGAGGAGAGCCGCUUCUGCGAAUGGAAGGGUCUGCAGCUGUCCACCAUGAACGUGAUGUUCGAUGCCAAGCAGCAGCUGCUCGACCUGCUGCAGCAGGCCGGCUUUCCGGAGGAGUGCAUGAUCCCGCACCAGGUGAAUGCCAAUGUGGAAGAUCCGAUACUCGACACGGCGCUGGCCCUGCUUUGUCUGGGCCUCUACCCCAACAUCUGCGUGCACAAAGAGAAGCGCAAGGUGCUGACCACCGAGUCCAAGGCGGCCCUGCUGCACAAGACCUCGGUGAACUGCAGCAACCUGGCCGUCACCUUCCCCUACCCGUUCUUCGUCUUCGGCGAGAAGAUCCGCACUCGCGCCGUCUCCUGCAAGCAGCUGUCGAUGGUCGCGCCCCUCCAGGUAAUGCUCUUUGGGUCGCGCAAAAUCGAUCUUGCCGCCAACAACUUGAUACGCGUGGACAACUGGCUUAGCUUUGAGAUGGAACCGGAGCAUGCUGCCAUGAUUGGCGCCCUGAAGCCCGCUCUGGAGGAUCUCAUCACGAUUGCCUGCGACAAGCCGGACACUGUGUUCCAGCUGGAGGAGCCCUACGCCAAGCUGGUCGACGUGGUCAGGGAUAUUUGUGUGCAGGCGGCUGGAGACUUUGGGCUGCGACGUGAGGAGGGGAUCUUGCCGCAUCAGUCGCGUCAAGCCGCCUUUGGCGUUGGAGGUGGUGGACCGGCAAAGAGAGGACGCUUCGAAGCAGUUGCUCCAGGAGGAGGGGGAGGGCCAGGCGGUGGACGCGGCGGGAACUUUUCCAAUAAUUUCGGAGGCGGCUAUGUCAAGCGAGAAUUCGGGCCCCGUAGAGGGGGAGGCUUUGGUGGAGACGGUGGAGGCUUUGGAAAUGGCCCAAGAGGAGGUUUUAGAGGUGGAGCAGGCUAUCGUGGCCGUGGAGGCUAUAGAGGCGGCGGAGGCUAUCGUGGCAGAGGUGGCUGGGGAAGUUGGGGAGGAGAUAGAGGAGGAGGCAGCUUUGAUGGCAGUAACGAUGGUAAUGGAGGCGGAGACUAUUUCAGUGAAGGGGGAAGCACAUUUGGUGGCAGUACCUUUGGCGGCGGAUCCGAAGCCGGCGUCAGCGAUUGCAGCACCUGGGGCAGCUUCGGCAGCGGCUUCUAAGAAUACAUGAUACCAAACGCCGACAGCAGGGGUUCGGAGUAUUAGAUUUUAAAUAUUACAUUAAUAUUUGACAAAUAAAAAAAGUUGA